AUGCUCGCGUUCUUCUCAGCAUUUCUACUUGCGUUGUCGGUGCAGGCGUCUGUGCUGACCCUGCAGUCCCCUCGUUUUACUGUUUCAGACUCUACAGGCUCCCAGCUACGCUCAGAACCUAUAUCUCUUGCAUACAAAGCAUCAACUCCAGUGCAAUUGGGGCCCAAGGACACUCUCAGAUUGACUUUCCAAAUCGUGGACAAGGAGACGGGCAAGGGCUUCCAGCCACACCAAACAUUCCUUCGCUUCUACGACGAGAAGGCUGAUGAGGAGGGUAUCCAGCCCGUGCGUGUCACCCCGGGGGGGAAAGUGAAGUUCGACCUGAAUCUCUCCAAACCCCCACUCUCGCUCCCACCCACACCCAACAGCGACCCGCUGCGCGUCACGCUCAUCAUUGGAUCCUCGCAGUAUGAUCCUGUGUCCGUGGAGCUGUUCGACCUCAUUCUUCCGCGGUCCCAGCCUGCCCCCGUGAAUCCGCUUGAAGCAAGCUUCCACCCCCAGCCCGAGAUUCAGCAUACCUUCCGUCCAGAGCACAAACUUCCGCCUCGGCCUAUCUCGGCCGCCUUCGCCCUCAUCGUCCUCGGGCCAUGGGCUGUCCUGCUCGGUUUGUGGUCUCAAGUUGCCCCGACCCCGUCGCGACUUUUCUCGCCGUCCAUUCUUCCGUUCAUCCUAUCCCUUGGGGCAUUCGAGAGCCUUUUAUUCUGGUACUGGAUAGACCUCAAGCUAGGACAGGUGCUUCUGUAUGGCGCCCUUCUGACGAUACCCACCGUCCUCGCCGGAAAGCAGGCGCUUAGCAGCAUUGGCAAACAACGCAUUGGGAGAAAAUAG